AUGGCUCAGCACGGCUCACUGGAUGAGUCUGUCGGCAUUCUCAGCAUCUCUGCAGGUUCCCUCCUGCUGCUGGUGAAUAGCUAUGCCAGCACUCCGGAAAAAUCAUUAAUUCCCUACACCGCACUGGGCAUUUUACUCCUCAUCAUCGCAGCCCUGGUAGCUUACACAGGAGUUCGUCACAGUCUCUCUCACUCCCAGUUGUUUUCCACUCUAUGUCUGACCAUCUCUGCUCUCUGGUGUGGCUCUGGUCUGGUCUACAUCCUGAUAGGACAGAGUGUACUGCCACUCUCUGAGCUAAAAUCCUCUCUGAUCCCUGGCCUUGCAGCAUUUACCUUAGCCCUCUUCAUCAUAGGCACUGUUGCCCUCUUCGUAAAGAAACCAGUACUACUAAUCAUAGCUAUAGGCAUUUCUUUGGCCUGUGCCCAUCAAAUUGCUGGUCUUUCAGAUUCAGGAUUUGGUCAGUCUGCCACAGCUGCAAACUACCUCCUUGUUUGUCUUGUGUGCGCUUACUUUGGCUUUGGUCGUUUGCUGUACACCAUCACGCAGGGUAAAAUUAAACCUCCAGGUACAGUUAUGAAACAGAAAUCUGAGCUGAAAACAGAAAAGAACCAGAGCUGCGACGAUGCAGUCAGUGUAGGUUUGGUGAUGAACUUGUUAUCUGCGUCUGUAUUAGCCUGUCCCUUGUUAGGCGUGGUCCCCAAACUCUCUGUUGGCCACGUCCCCUGGCUUUGGACAGCUGGAGUCUUCCAGCUCGGCAUGUGCAUCCUCUUUUACAGAGCUAUGGACAUACUAGCUGCAACUUUUUAUGGCUUUACAUCCCUGCUGAAAUUUGCUGAGGGUUACAGUGCUUUGUUAUCUUUGUACUCCAUCCAGCCAUUCUCUCCUGUCCCUUUCCCUGUUGUCUUUGCAGUUCUUUUCUCUGUCCUGGCAUUGUUCAGCUGUCAGAAGAGCUUGUUGGAGGGCUUCUACCAGUUAUUCUAUGUAGCCUAUUGUAUUUCCAUCGCAGCACAGCCUCAAGGCUUCUUCCAGGGAGGCACUCAGGGUGUACAGGGAGCCAUCUUUGUAGCUACUGCAGGAAUGCUUUUUGUUACUACAUUCAACAUGGUCUAUAGUAGCAAGAUUCCUACUGGGCAGGGUCACUUUAAAUCUUUAGUAAAUAGGAUUAAAACUCUUACUCUCAGGGCUCUCGAUAAAGAGCAACAUACGCCUCAUCUUGGCUAUUCCAAGUAUGCAGAUGCAGAAGUGUUGGGCCAUGCUUGCAAUGUUCUGGCUGCUUUUGCCAUUACAGCCACCAUUGGAGACAGGAAUCCCUUGGAGGUGUUGGUUCUACCCUGGGCCGUAAUGGCUGGUGGAGUGUUGCAGCUACUUUGUGGUUCUGUGGCAUUUGCUCGGGGUAAAACCUUUGAGAGCACAGCCUUUAUUCUCUAUGGGGUGAUGUGGACAGUAUGGGGGUUAACACGAUUCGGUGGUCUUUAUGGUGAGACCAGAAGCUUUAACGUAGCUGUUGGGAUUAUUAGCUUCAUGUUGUUUAACCUUCUGGUGACAAUUGCAGCUUUAUUUCUGAAUGUUGCCUGGUUCAUCUAUGCAUUUACUUUCCAGCUCAUCCUAAUCAGCUUCCUGCUUGAUGCAAUAGGUGCACUGCCUUAUGGUUAUGAUAUUGGCGUCACAAUCAUCUUUGGUCUUGUCAGUUUUUACUGUUUUUUGGCGCACCUUUUUAAUAGCACAUUCCAGUCUCCCCAAAUCCCUUUGGGAAAACCUUUAGUCAAGCUGGGUGGGGUCGGAGGAGGGGAAGGAGUCUGUCCUCAUGUACCAGCUCGCAAAGCAUCAUCAGUCCAGCAGAUUGCAGAAAUAAUGAAAAAUGGAGGCAUAUGUGGAAUGCCAACUGACACUGUCUAUGUGCUGGUAGCUGCCUGCAACAGGCCAGAUGCAGUUAUCAAAGCUUACAAGGUUAAGAAACAGGCUCAGGACCGACCCAUGUCUAUGUGGAUCUCUUCUGUCAAGCAGCUGGAGCCUGUUAGACACCUGCUGAGCCCUCUGCUCCUCGACUUCAUGGAGGCUGCAUGGCCUUCAUCAAUUAGCAUGGUCAUACCCAGAGGUCCUUGGUUAGAUAUAUUUGGUUUGGGAGAUGCUGCCCAACACAUUGGAACUCCACAAAGCAUUGCCAUCAGAAGCCCAGACUGUGCAGUAGCCACACAUCUAAUUAAUCUGGUGGGUCCAAUUGCAGUCACCUCAGCCAACCCCACAGGUGAAGCAGACACAACUCACCAUAACCAAGUGUAUGCCAAACUGGGUAAAAAGGUGGAAGGGGUGUUGUGUGAUGGACCGUCCCCAGAAAAUAUUGCGUCUACUGUUGUUGACUGCACCAAGAUUGAAACUGGACAAAUUGGUUUCUUUAGAGUGGGACUCAUUCCAAAAUCCAAGGUCCUUCAGAUUUUUGAGGAAAUUAAGAACCGGCAUAGAGAAGGGCAAACAAAUCCUGCCUUUGAACAUGAUCUCCCUCCUCCAGACACACAGACUGAUGAAACUCUGGAAAGAGAUGAAUCAACAGACUCAGGAAGAGAAACUGUUAGCUUAACAAACUCCUCUACUUCUGAACAAAUAACAGAUGACAAUAAUCAGUCUUAAUAUCAAUGUCUGGGUGUUCACUUUGCCUAUUUAAAUAUUUACCAAUUUGUAAAACAUUAAUAAAUAUAUAUUUAGAUAAAUGUAAUAAGCAUCAUAACUUGGUGUGUUAGUGUGAAAUACAUUUUGCAUGUUGUUUCAUCAAAAAGAAAUCCAUCUAAGGUAAAACAUAAAUUGUAGAGAAAUAAUAGAUUAGAUAAUAAUGUUUAGCAUUUCUUUUCUGCUUGUAUUUGCUUUCCUGGAGAAUAAGAAUAUUGAAUAUCAUCAGCCUUGUUGCAUCAAACCUGUAUUAUAAACAAAGAUAUGUAUGGUUCAUCUUCAGCUUUACUACUACCUCUAGGAGGUACCCUAACUCCCUAUGGACUGUUUGAAAACCAUUUCAAGUGACUGGCUGAUGAGUGUGC